CAUUAUUCAAAAGAAGAAAGAGCAAGUCAUUAAUAAAAGAAAGUUGACAGGAGACAUAGAUGACGCGUUUGAAGAUAUGAUUUGUAAAGACUGUCAGGAGAUAGGAUAUGCCAACAAAAGUGACUAUAAAUGCAAAUUUUAUAAAGAAGCUUCUGUAGACGAUGUUGGAACAUCCACUGGGAUAAAAAGAAAACAAAGCUCAGGCGUGAAGCAAGAAACGCAAAAAGCCAAAAGACAAAAAACGGCAGAGUGCUCUUCAUCGGUUAUUUGCACUAGUUGUAAACAAACUGACUAUAAAUCAACACGCUCUUCAGAUUGCCCUAAGCACAUGUUGUCAAAAAACGAGACUUUUGGCCGAAGUUUGGGACAACAAUUUAAAACAUUUACAAGAAAGUUAUCGUUUUAUCAGUGUGUCCACAGUUCCUACCAGGGUGCCUUGAAGUCUAGGAUCAUCUCUGCAUGUGAAAACACGCAGCAAGUGGUUUUCAGAGCUCAGCUUUUUAUUAACCAGUACACAUUAAGCUUAAAAGUCCAUUCGAGUCAUAUCUUUAAACAAAAUUUUUGGUAUUCAAUAUGUCAAUUAGUUAUGGAUAAGUGGGCUGCAAACAGUGCUGCACUGCCAGGAGGCUUACUUGAAAACUGGAGCUUGUUUAGAAAAAGUCCUCACAUUGGUGCCUUAUUCUCUUUCUACGAUUACAAAACAGCAAAGGAUCGUUUCUAUUUGUAUCAAUGCAGAUAAAGAGCAGCAUAAGAAAUGGUGAACAUGCUUGUACAUGGAGAUGCCAAGUAUAAUAAGAAGAAAAGAAAGAAAAGAAAUAGGAAGAAAAAAAGAAGCAAAAACAGAUGGCAAAUUCAAAAGAAAAAGAGAAUCA